UGGCUCGCUUAUGAGUUGUUCACAAAUGGCUCAUUUGUUUAGCCAGUUCAGAAAUAAGCUUAGCUCAAAUUACACUGCUACUCUAUUUUUUAAGCUCAAAAAAUGUGUUGGCUCGCUUAUGAGUUGUUCACAAAUUGGGCAUUUGUUUAGCCAGCUCAGAAAUAAGCUUAGCUCAAAUUACACCGCUACUCUAUCUACCUUCCAAAUGGAUAGCGUGCACAAAACAAAACUGGGACACAAAUGCAAAACCACGAUUCUCCUCCAAACCCUAACAGCAGACGGCAAUCGUACAAACCAGCUGGUAUGUCUCCUUCCGUCCUUAAGCUCCUCAUCUUCCUCCUCUCCUCCAUCUCCUCCACCCUCGCCUCCCACCGCCACAUCAUAACAAUCCCCUCCACCGUCCCCCGCCCGGCGGGCUUCACCUGGGAUCCCACCGCCCAGCACUUCGUGGUCGGCUCCGCUUCGCACCCCAUUAUCUUCUCCAUCUCCGACGCCGGCGUCGCAGAGACAAUCGUCUCAGACCCUUUCAUCUCUUCUAUCUCGUCAAUCUCCAUCGACAAACGCCGCCGCCGCCUCCUUGUCGCUUUCAGCAAUCCCAACACCCUCACCGCUUACGAUCUCCGAUCGCCUCGCCCCCACAGCCGCAUCUUCUCUUCCUCCCUCCCGGCCUCUCCCGGCGGCAUCGCUGUCGAUCCCGCCACCGGAUUCAUUUUCGUCACUGGAUCGGACACCGGAGUGAUCUGGAGGGUUGACUUGGAGGGCAUCGUCUCCGAUUUCUCCAAAUCGGCGAUCUACGGCGGGGAGGGAUUGGUAGGCGUGGCGCAUGUGAGGAAGGGGUUUCUUCUUGUGGUUCAGGGGAAGAUGGGUACGGUGUUUAAGGUGGAUGAGGAGAGCGGAGCGGCAAAGGAGGUUAUCGGGACGAAUGGGAGUCCAGCGCCUGAGGUAAGCGGGAUCGCGAUGAUGGCGGAUGGGGCUGCGGUGGUGGCAGGUGGGACGGGGGUAAGAAUGGUGCAGGGUAGGGAUGGGUGGUCGGAGGCGGCGGUGACGGGAGAAGUGAAAGUAGGGGAAGGGAAGAAGUUUGAGGGGGUGGCGGUGAGGGAAGGGAAAAGUGCUUAUGUUUUGGUGGCGCCGGCGAAGGAGGUAGGGGGAGGUGAUUCGGGUAGUAGAAUAGAGGAGGUGGAGUGGGAGGAGGAAGGAGAUUUGUUGGUGUUGAUGGUUCUUGUUGGUUUCGGUUUGGCUUACUUUUUAUACUGGAGGUUUCAGAUGAGGGAAUUGGUUUCCAACAUGAACAAGAAGCGGGCUUAGAAGAUGAAAUUUGAGGAAGAAGUAGAGAGGGAAGUUGUAGAUUAUGUAAAACUCUGUUUAUUUUGACAUUAAUGGUAAUGAGCUCUGUUUAUUUUA